UGCCUGGAGGACCACGAGUCGGUGGUGGAGGUGCAGAGCUCCUGGCCCCCCGGCGCCGACAGCCGCUUCGUCUUCCGCAAGAACUUCGCCAAGUACGAGCUCUUCAAGAGCAACGCGUCCCUCUUCCCCGAGGUGAUGGUGUCCAGCUGUCUGGAGGCGAACAAGAGCAUGGCACACUCCGAGCUCAUCCAGAACUUCCUCAACUCUGGGAGCUGCCCCGAGGUCCAGGGCUUCCUGCACCUGCGGGAGGCCGGACGCAAGGUCUGGAAGCGCUUCUACUUCUCCCUGCGCCGCUCGGGGCUCUACUACUCCACCAAGGGCACCUCCAAGGACCCCCGGCACCUCCAGUACUUCGCCGACCUCACCGAGUCCAACAUCUACUACGUGACGCAGGGCAAGAAGCUCUAUGGGACUCCCACCGAGUUCGGCUUCUGCAUCAAGCCCUACAAGGUGCGGGGCGGUGUGAAGGGCCUGAAGCUGCUCUGCAGCGAGGACGAGCAGAGCCGGAGCUGCUGGAUGGCGGCUUUUCGCCUCUUCAAGUACGGCAUGCAGCUCUACCGCAACUACCAGCAGGCGCAGGCACGGCUGAACCAGCCCUCCUGGAUUGGCCCCACACCCCUGCGGAGCGUCUCGGACAACGCGCUGGUGGCCAUGGACUUCUCGGGGUGCACGGGGCGGGUGAUCGAGAACCCCAACGAGGUGCUGACAGUGGCCCUGGAGGAGGCUCAGGCCUGGAGGAAGAAGACGACGCACCGGUACAGCCUGCCGGCUGCCUGCCAGAGCUCCCCGCUCAGUGCAGCCAUCCACCGCACCCAGCCCUGGUUCCACGGGCGCAUCUCCCGGGAGGACACGCAGCAGCUCAUCGGCCGGCAGGGCUUGGUGGACGGUGUCUUCCUGGUGCGGGAGAGCCAGAGGAACCCCAAGGGCUUUGUCCUGUCCCUGUGCCACCUGCAGAGGGUCAAACACUAUCUCAUCCUGCCCGUGAGUGCCAGCGGCGGGGGGCUGCGG